GUGGUAUGAGUCGCCAGCAUCGACAACACGAGAGAUAGCUCACAUCAGAACGCUUCAAGAUGACGUCAUUAACAGAGUUGUUUUUGAGACUGAUACUCGUAAAAAAUAUAAUUAAGACAUGAGGAGAACACCCAGAUGAUAUAUGCCUAGUAUGAAUAACUUGACUACAACAUACAUCGACUAUAGGCGUAAGUUCUGAGAAGCUCCGAGUGACAGCCGUACUCAUGAUCACACUUAGUGGAUAAUGAAAAACAGAAUAAGUGAUUUUUUAAGACCCCCGAUAUGCCCCUUACCAAUUUCUUUCUCGUGCCAAACGGCUCGAACGCAAACGUUGCUGAUAAUGCUUCGCUAACGUACAUCACUCCAACGCACCCUAUGCUAGGACCGUGCAGCCAGCUGACGUUCGGGCCGUACGAAUUCAUUGAAGGGUUCGAACAGGGAGCUUACGAACUUUUAAACAUCCACAACGCUAGAUCGAGCCCGAAUUUGCACUUGGGUUCGACCGAAGUUUCAGAAAUGAUGUGGAAACAUGGGGACGACAUAAAAGCAGAGGCCAAUUCGAAAGGUAUGCUGCCGGCAAAAUCGUACCGAAAAGAGUCGUCUGAUUAUUUGUUUACAAGUGACGUCAUGCGACCUGGCAUGGCAUCAGAGGUAAAAAACUUUAGUACUUAUAAUUUUUCGGUUGGAUUCAUGGUCGGUGGAAGUGAGAAUACGAGGAAGAUGACGGAAAGAAGUGAAGAGAAUGUUUCGUCAAAUCUCAUGUUUCCUCGUUCGGAUGGAAUACACGAGCAUUCAUCUGGUAGGACUGCGCGCGAUUCAGGAUAUCCCGAGGUCGUCUGCAAGACUUCCAACACUGGGCUCUAUUCCUUCUUGGCUUUCGCCAUCCUGAGCCUAGACAUCACAGCUGACAUCAUGGCAACCGUCAACAUCGACAUCAACAUCACCGGGACGACAGUCACUACGAAUAACACGAACGUCAAUAAUAACACCAAUGUCAACAACAACAACAACACUAACACCAACACUAAUACCAAUACCAAUACUAAUAACAACGGGAGGAGGAGGAGGUGGGCGGGGACGCUCAAUCCAGAAGUAGGAAUUGCCUUAGAUGUGUGGGACAGACAGACUAAAGAAAACGGCGCUAUGUCAACGUCAGAAAACGGGAAUACAAAUGUGGGGGAACAUGAUGAGAGUUUAGACAGGAAACAAAACCUUGGCAAAUCUGAGGAUUACUACUUUACAGGAGAGGCACAGAUUCCAGCUGACGGGUACAAAGACGAGGAACCUGCCAGAAUCAAAAUACCUGAGCGUCUGCACCAAGUUUUUCCAGCGGUUCACCGGAGGGUCUUGCAACGUGGGGGUGGUGCUUUGAGGAGGAGUUAUUCUCAAGGGUAUCUGAGAGCCUGGUUCGAGGUCCUUCUUGAGAAAAUUUCAGCGUUAGUUUAGAAUUCCAGACUUGAGGAUUAAGGUGGUUAUAUGUAGUUCCAUGAGUUCUAAUAACUUAUUUCAUAUACAUUGUUGUUCUAGUGGAUGGUGUCUGCAUCUUUGCAUUAAAAAUAAAGAUUAUUCAUAU